CUCUCUCCCCAUGAAUCAGGGGAUCACACGCUACUAAAUUAACAAUGGAAACCUCAGGACUAAGGACACCAUGUUCCCUUCUGGCUCUGGUUCUGCUCUCAGCACUGGUGCUGACUCCAACCCUGGCAAUUGAAGUUUACACCGAUCGAGAGGUCUAUGGGACCGCGGGCUCCAGGGUGACCUUGUCCUGCUCAUUCUGGUCAAGCGAAUGGAUCUCAGACGAUAUCUCCGUCACUUGGCACUAUCAGCCCGACCACAGCCGCGAAAUGUAUUCGAUAGUCCACUUUGCCAAGGGUCUAUCUUCCAUUGAUGCUGGGAUCUUCAAAGAUCGUAUCGAAUGGGUGGGCUCCCCAAAAUGGAAGGACGCCAGCAUUGUGGUGCACAACCUGGAGUUAACUGACAACGGCACUUUCACCUGUGAUGUGAAGAACCCACCCGAUGUGGUGGGAAAGUCUUCCUAUGUCCACCUUCAGGUCCAAGAGAAAGGUCCUGCUCGUGCUGGGCUGAUUCUGGGGAUCAUAAUUGCUGUUGCCCUGGCCUUAGUCAUUGUGGUGACAAUCCUCAUCCUGCUCAUUCGAUACUGCUGGUUAAGACGAAAGGCCCGAGUACAGAGGGAGCUUAGUGCACUUGAGAGGGGAAAAUUACACAAAGCAAAAGAUUCAUCCAAACGCAGUAGCAGACAGACCCCGAUUCUCUAUGCCAUGCUAGACCAAACCAGAGGCAAAUCAAGCGAGAAGAAGGCCAAGGGCGGCAUCGGCGACUCCCGCAAAGAUAGGAAAUAGCAAUUAGCAGGCAGGGAAGGUACACAGAAGGCAGAAGAAGAGUCCCCCCGCAGCUCCAAAGUGGUCUACACCAUCGAGAUGGAGCUGAAGGGGGACGAAGAAGGGGAUCAGCCCCACAGAGCCGCUGUAAAGUCCCCCAGCAAAAACAGCCUCAAAAACGCCUUAAAGAACUUAAUCAAAAGCGAUUCCGAGAAACAAAACUAAUUAAAAUCGAAGCAGUGGGGGCUUGGGAGUGGGAUGAUGCUGCGUCGGACAUUCUAGUAACAUGGAUAAGCUUUGCCCAAAGCCCAAUGGCUCCUAGCGACCAUUCAGGUGUUUGCUUUCAUUAUCCUAACUGCACUAGACAAAAGCUAACUGCUGUUUGGUUGCUAUGGGUUACUGGACUUGGGCAAACCAUUCCCAUGUUAUCAAAGUUCCCAGGUAACCUUUUAAGUUCUAAAAUGACUAUUUCCAUCAAAAACUUUCUGGCAAAACCCCAACAUUUUUGGUUCAUUUACAUUGAUUCUAUUCCUCUAUAGCAUUUUCUUAUUCCCUCUGCUUUCCACACUCCCAAAUCCCCACUGCUCACACGGCGCGGCUAAUGCCUUCAGUAACCUGUUUUGUGUCACGCGAGCAUAGACCAUCAGGUACCUUUCCCUGCGGGAAACGAGCAAGAACAUUCCGAGAAAACAAGGAUUAACGUAGGACUCCUCUGGGAUACAGGGAAACCCAACUUAUCACUGCAGGAGUGACUGCAAUGCAAUAGAAUGCAAGUUCAUUUGCAAGGUCAACCCAAUGGGACCUCAAGCAUACAUACUGAAAUAUUGAUGUGAUCAAGGCACCAGGUGGGGAAAUCAUUACUUUUGGUCAGACUUAAGGAACAGCAGGUUAUUCUAAUGUUCUCUAAGCUUGUGUUGGCUUUAGGUAGACCCAUUGGGUUCCUGAUAGUAGAUACAGACCAUCUGCUAAUUCUCUGAUGAUCUUGAUCAUAUAAAAUAUUAGUUACCCUCAAGCUUCCCUUAGCUCUUUCUUAUGCAAACAUCAUGGGAUUUGUGGUCUUGCAAUGAUGGGUGGACAUAGAGUCUUGCCAAGUUAUGCAGGGUCAUAAUACCAUCAAGGAAGAUGAAGACCAUUGGGUAUAAUGGUAUUAAUAACUUACCCCAAUAAAUAAGUCAUGCCUUGUGAGUGCUAUACCCUGCUCUUGGUUAAGAUGCCAUGUUGCCCUUCAAAACCCACCCUUAGGCGGUGGUAUAUGUACAAGUAUUGCCUUUACCGCCUCUCUCCAGGGCAAUAUUUCUACGGUUUUAACUUCUCCUCUCCAUUAUUGAGGGAAGAAGAAGACUUUAACUGUAUCUCCAUUAACUUCAAGGCUGCUAACGAGGCCUCGCUUUCUCUUAAGCGCCAUCCGGCAAUGAAGUUAAAGAGAGACCCACAAGGAAGGCUUUAGAUCCCAUGAUGCCAACCACACAAGGGCUAAGGGUAGCGGAGUGGGAAUAUAUUACUUAAUUCUUCCCUGAUUCCUCAAUUCUUCUUCUUGAGUUCUCUGCAGGCCUCAAGUCUGGAGUCCAUGUAGUUUAAUAAACACUAUUGGUGUCCGUCCUAAAUACGUCUUCUUUUUCCAUGGUGCUGCACUGUAAGUGUUUUUUAGGCCAAGCAAUGGAGACAAAAAUGAAGUUCCUUGGUUUAGAAUGUAUGAAACAAAGACUCUUUAUGUUUUGUACCCCCGUUAUCAUUAAAUAUUAACCACCUUGACAUCUUUUUCUAUUAUUUUCAAUGGCAUUGUAUCUCUCUCUCUAUAUAUAUUUUCUAUAUUGUUUCUUCCGUAGCCUAUUCAUUUGCUCAAACCAAACUUGACGUUCAGAAGCUGCAGAGGCUUCUGGGCCCUGUCUUCUCCAUGUUCUUCUAGAACAAUACUUAGACAUCCAAUUAAAUUUGAGAUUUACCCAGUUGGCCUAGAUAAAUCCUAAUGGGGUGCCAAGGUAUUACCAACAGGCAGAUCCCAAGGAAUCCCCCAAAUUACUGAUAUUUUCUCAAUAUGCUCCAAAUAAGAACGUCUAUAGCCCAUGAUAUCUCGCCUGUCCCUUCUAUUUCUAUAUAUGUGUAUACAAUGUAUAUAAAUGAAAGUUUGAAAAUGUAUAUGCCAUGUACCCCUCACCCCCUUUCCGUUUGCAGAAAACCCACCAUCGACAUUAAAAAUCUUAAUAAAGACUUACUUCUGGGGAAAAAAAA